AUGGCGUCGACGACUGCCACCCCGCAGGGCAGCGUUCGCCAGCGCAACAAUGCGAAGCGGCCUCCCACGCCCGCUGCCGGUGCAGCUGACGCCGUCGUCGAGUCGUUGAACAAGGCCGGUGCGAAGACCAAGCGCUCCGUCUCCCAGCCCGAGUACGGCGUCGGACUUCUCAUCACCACCAUUCUCGCCUUCGUCACACGUUUCUGGGGCAUUAGCCAUCCCAAUGAGGUCGUCUUUGACGAAGUUCACUUUGGCAAGUUUGCCUCUUACUACCUCGAGAGAACCUACUUCUUCGAUGUCCACCCUCCGUUCGGAAAGCUCCUCUUUGCCUUUAUGGGAUGGCUCGUUGGCUAUGACGGACACUUCCACUUCGAGAAUAUUGGCGACUCUUACAUCUCCAACAAGGUGCCCUAUGUCGCCUUCCGAGCUCUGCCCGCCAUUCUCGGCGCAUUGACCGUCUCUGUCACCUACCUCAUCAUGUGGGAGUCUGGCUACAGCUUGCCCGCCUGCCUUUUGGCCGCCGGUCUUGUCUUGCUCGACAACGCUCACAUUGGACAGACGCGUCUGAUUCUUCUCGAUGCUACCCUCGUCUUCGCCAUGGCCUGCAGCCUGUUGUGCUAUAUCAAGUUCUACAAGCUGCGCCACGAGCCCUUCUCGCGCAAGUGGUGGAAGUGGCUGAUCCUCACCGGAUUCGCCCUGUCUGCCGAUAUCUCGACAAAGUACGUUGGACUCUUCGCCUUCGUCACCAUUGGCUCCGCUGUGAUUAUCGAUCUCUGGGGCCUGUUGGACAUCAAGAGACCCGGCGGUGCCUUGAGUCUUCCCGACUUUGGCAAGCACUUUGCUGCUCGCGCCUUUGGCCUGAUCAUCAUGCCCUUCCUCUUCUACCUCUUCUGGUUCCAGGUCCACUUCGCCGUCCUGACCCGAUCCGGUCCUGGCGACGACUUCAUGACUCCUGAGUUCCAGGAGACGCUGAGCGACAAUGUCAUGUUGGCCAACUCCUUGACCGUGGAGUACUACGACACCAUCAGCAUCCGCCACAAGGAGACCAAGACCUAUCUGCACAGCCACGACGACCACUACCCUCUGCGCUACGAUGACGGCCGUGUUUCCAGUCAGGGCCAGCAGGUUACCGGCUACCCUUACAACGACACCAACAACUACUGGCAGAUCAUCCCCUUGGUUGACGACCAGAAGACAGGCAAGGCCGUCAAGAACAACGAUGUUGUGCGCCUCAGGCACUUGGGUACCGAUACCAUGCUGCUGUCCCACGACGUCGCCUCGCCCUACUACCCUACGAACCAGGAGUUCACUACGGUGCCUUUGGCUGAUGCGUACGGCGACCGUCUCAACGACACCCUCUUUGAGAUCCGCGUCGAGAACGGCAAGCCUGGUCAGGAGUUCAAGAGUAUCUCGAGUCACUUCAAGUUCAUCCACAACCCCAGCAAGGUUGCCAUGUGGACGCACACCACUCCUCUGCCCGAAUGGGGCCACAAGCAGCAGGAAAUCAACGGCAACAAGCAGUUGGCGCCGAGCUCCAAUAUCUGGUUUGUUGAGGACCUUCCCGCGAUCCCCCUCGACUCUAAGAGACGCGAGAAGCCGGAGAAGGAGGUUAAGACCCUGCCCUUCUUCCGCAAGUGGUUCGAGCUUCAGCGCUCCAUGUUCUGGCACAACAACCAGUUGACCAGCAGCCACCCGUACGCCAGCCACCCCUACCAGUGGCCCUUCCUGCUCCGCGGUGUCAGCUUCUGGACUCAGAACGACACCCGCCAGCAGAUCUACUUCCUUGGUAACCCCAUCGGCUGGUGGCUCGCCAGCAGUCUUUUGGCAGUCUUUGCCGGUAUCAUCGGCGCGGACCAGGUGUCACUUAGACGAGGCAUUGACGCUCUUGACCACCGUACCCGUUCGCGUCUGUACAACUCAACCGGCUUCUUCUUCCUUGCCUGGGCUACUCACUACUUCCCCUUCUAUCUGAUGGGCCGUCAACUCUUCCUUCACCACUACCUGCCGGCGCAUUUGGCUUCCUGCUUGGUUGCUGGUGCUUUAUUGGAGUUCAUCUUCACCGCCGAGCCCGCUCCCGAGGAGGGCUACGAAGUCAUCAAGGGCAACAAGAAGGCCGAGGGACCUAAGAGACACAUUUCGGCCCGCGAGCGAUUCGCUGGUCAGAGUCUCGCUGGCGCCUGGAUCGCUUGUGGCGUCAUCCUUCUCAUUGCCCUCGCCGGCUGGUACUUCUUCCUGCCCUUGACGUACGGAUACCCUGGCCUCACGGUUGAGGAGGUUGUCCGUCGCAAGUGGCUCGGAUACGACCUGCACUUUGCCAAAUAA